AGGAGAGUGGCGCCCCGCUAACCCUCGGCGGGUGAUGUCUCGUCGCUUUCGAAGAAGGGCCAACAAUAACGACGUGGCCACAUGUGAAGGAUUAAUCGUGCGCCUAUGAUUUUCCCUCCAGUUCCACCAACCAAACAAGUUGAUUCGCAUUCUCACAAACACCACACAACCGAAUUCACAAACCCAGCUGAAUGAAUUCCAAUCCGCCGCCGUCUCAGCUCUCCGAUGCCUCCGCCAAGAAGGUCCGGAAGCCCUACACCAUUACCAAGUCCAGGGAAAGCUGGACGGAAGAAGAGCACGACAAGUUCCUUGAAGCUCUUCAUCUAUUCGACCGUGAUUGGAAGAAAAUUGAAGAUUUUGUUGGCUCAAAGACAGUAAUUCAGAUUCGGAGUCAUGCACAAAAGUACUUUCUAAAGGUUCAGAAGAAUGGAACAGUGGCUCAUGUUCCUCCACCUCGUCCUAAGAGGAAAGCUUCUCAUCCAUAUCCACAGAAGGCACCCAAAAAUGUUUUGGUGCCCCUGCAAGCAUCAAUGGCUUAUCAGUCUUCUUCUGUGAAUUCUAUAGCACACGGAUAUCCGACAUGGGAGGAGGCUUCGGUGCUUGUGAACAAUGAAGUGCCUGGAAGCAUGCCAUCUGAAAAUGAAUACAAUUAUCUUGGAGUUGAAGCUGAUAUUGGAUCAAAGGGGGUUACAACUAUUAGUAACUGCAGCAUGAAUGCCUUUGGAAGUUCCCCGAGAGCAACACCAAGUUCUGAGUUACCAAAUCAGGGAAAGCAAGGCUCUAUUCAUGGUAUUCCAGAUUUUUCUGAAGUCUAUGGCUUCAUCGGUAGUGUCUUUGAUCCAGAUAGCAAAGAUCAUGUGCAAAAACUCAAGGAGAUGGAUCCCAUAAAUUUUGAAACUGUCUUGUUAUUGAUGAGAAACCUGACCUUAAAUUUGUCCAAUCCUGAGUUCGAACCAAUUAAAGAGGUGCUAUCAUCAUAUGAUGUCCACGUGAAGGAAGUACAAGUUUCACCUGGCACUGUGAUCAGUGCUGAAUGAGCUUACCGGCUUACCAGAGAGGACGAUGUAACUUGAUCUGUGUAUAGUAACAGCUAAAGCAUAUAUAUGUUGUCUGAGUCUCUCUUGGCGGGCACGUAAGACCUUUAUAUACAAGGUAGAAACAGCCGGCCCAAAUGACACCAGAGAUGACAGGAAUCAUCGGCUUGAUUUGUGUAGCCGAGCAGUUGCAUGUGAUUCCUCGGAUCUCUUCUUUUGCCUCUGUUGUAUAGAAAAUUGUUUAGGUAUGAGCAUGACACCUUUCUCACCGAUAACUUGUAUUCUUUUCAAUUUUGGUGCACUGCAGUCUCUUUCUGAUUGGCUGCAGCUAUGUAGAUAAGUGAGAUUGUAGUUCAGUUCUUGGUGUAAACUUUCUAGUAUUGAUAGUGCAUCUUGAAGGCUGCUUA